AUGGCUUCUGCGGCGAAGCUGAAUGAUGAUGCCAUUCCCCAAGAUAAGGCUAGUCAUGAAACUUCAGAUGAUUCUGGAGACUCCGAUAUUGAGUUGGACGAAUUGAGAGAUGAAAUUGAUGCGGAUUUGCUUCCCGGCACACGUCACGGCUCGUCGAAGCAAAAGCGUCAUGGCACGGAUCCUUCGGAUCACUUCCUAGCACGGAUACUCGCCUGGCGCUUACGGAAAAGAACCAUUAUUGUUACCGCGAUACUCAUCGGUCUUGUGGUGUUUGGUGCCUUGUUCGGCUGGGGAAAAUACACACAAACACCCCCAGAGGGCCAAUCGCCCCCGUGGUAUCCCUCUCCAAGAGGCGGCACUGUUUCCCAAUGGACCGAGAGCUAUGACAAGGCUGCCAAGAUGGUCAAAAAUAUGACGCUGGCAGAGAAGGUUAACAUUACUACGGGCACUGGAUGGGCUAUGGGACUCGCGGUCGGGAACACAGGACCGGCCAUCUACGCUGGUUUCCCUUCUUUGGCGUUGCAGGAUGGUCCCUUGGGCAUCAGGUUUGCCGACAAUGCUACUGCAUUUCCCGCCGGGAUUACAGUUGGCGCCACCUGGAAUAAGGAACUCAUGUACCAGCGUGGCCAAGCUCACGGGAAGGAAGCACGAGGCAAGGGCAUCAAUGUUCUGCUCGGUCCUUCAGUUGGUCCACUGGGGCGCAUGCCUGCCGGUGGCCGCAACUGGGAAGGAUUCGGGCCUGAUCCGUAUCUACAGGGUAUCGCGGCAGCCGAGACGAUUCGUGGUAUCCAAGGCGAAGGGGUCAUGGCUACCAUCAAGCAUUUCGUGGCAAAUGAGCAGGAACACUUCCGUCAACCUUGGGCCUGGGGCCUACCACAUGCGCUUUCAUCCAACAUAGAUGAUAGAGCAAUGCAUGAGCUCUAUGCUUGGCCCUUUGCCGAUGCUGUCAAAGCCGGCGUCGCCAGCGUCAUGUGCUCCUAUAACAUGGUCAACAAUUCUUACGCAUGUGGUAAUUCCAAAUUACUCAACGGAAUCCUCAAGGAUGAGCUUGGAUUCCAAGGAUUCGUCAUGUCUGAUUGGCUUGCGCAACAAUCUGGCGUCGCAAGCGCACUCGCCGGACUCGACAUGUCAAUGCCAGGUGAUGGAUUAGGCUGGACGGAUGGCAAAUCCCUUUGGGGUCCUCAUCUAUCACGCGCUGUUUUGAAUGGCUCUCUACCGGUCUCAAGAUUGGACGAUAUGGCUCUACGAAUUGUCGCGUCGUGGUAUCAACUCGGACAAGAUGACACGUCCCGAUUUGACGGAAAGGGUCCCAACUUUUCGUCUUGGACCAAGCAUCGUAUGGGAUACAUCAGUGACGGGAGCUCUUCUAAGCAAGAUAAAGUUGAAGUCAAUCAGUAUGUCAAUGUGCAGCAAAACCAUUCCAUUUUGGCAAGGCAAGUCGCAGUCGAAGGUACUGUGCUUUUGAAAAACACCGGUAUCCUCCCACUGGCUCGUCAUGGGCUCCGUUCGGAAACGGAGCGCAAAAGAGACGGUAAAACCAAUGUUGGCAUAUUUGGAGAUGAUGCAGGACCAGGUCUUGGUCCGAACUUUUGCGCCGAUCGAGGCUGUAACGAAGGAACACUAGGCUCUGGAUGGGGCAGCGGAGCGGUCGAGUUUCCCUACCUGGUAACACCAGAAUCUGCGCUCAGCGCAACAUUUGACUCUGGUGCUGUCAAUGUAUCUUCUUGGUUGUUGAAUAAAAAGCCACACAAAGACCUGCUCCAGGCCAUGGAUGUUUGCAUUGUGUUUGCCAACGCUGACGGCGGCGAAGGUUAUCUCAAGUGGACGUCGGUGGCAGGUGACCGAAACGAUUUGUUCUUGCAAAAGGGCGGAGAUGAACUCAUCCUCGCUGUUGCUGAGGGAUGCGGGGGAGGCAAGGGCAAAACGAUUGUCGUCGUCCACGCCGUAGGGCCUGUCGUCAUGGAGCGCUGGAUUGACCAUUCCGGGAUUGGAGCUGUCCUCGCUGCAAACCUCCCAGGACAGGAAAGCGGGAAUGCCAUUUCGACGAUCAUUUUUGGAGAUGUCUCGCCAAGCGGCAAACUCCCCUAUACUAUUGGGAAAUCUCUGGAUGAUUACGGCUCCGGGGCCAAAGUCAUGUAUACCCCAAAUAGCCUUGUCCCGCAGCAAGAUUUUACGGAAGGGCUGUAUGUUGACUAUCGUCAUUUCGACAAGCACAACAUCAAGCCGCGUUUCGAGUUUGGCUUCGGACUAUCUUACACGACUUUUAAUUACAGCAAUCUGCAGAUUACAGAAGUCAAGGCAAAGUCAAAACUGGCUGGGGACCGACCUGCCGACGGAGCGACUCCACCGGAGUUGGACGACAAAAUUCCAGAUAUCAGCGAAGCAAUCUUUCCUGCCGAAAUCCGCCAGCUCAAAAAAUACAUUUACCCAUAUAUUAAAUCGGAAUCGGAGAUUAAGCCAGGUGACUAUCCCUACCCCGAUGGGUACGAGGUCGAGCAGCGUCCCUCGGCCGCCGGGGGUGGAGAAGGCGGCCAUCCGGAUCUCUGGGAGACGCACGUCACAGUACAAGCUGAUGUUGGCAACGAUGGAGCUGUUGAAGGAAAGGUUGUGCCUCAACUCUACCUGUCAUUCCCUGAUACGAAAGGAGUGGACUUUCCCGUCCGUGUUCUUCGUGGAUUCGAAAAAGUCUCGUUGACACCAGGAGAGACGCAAACCGUCCGUUUCAACUUGACAAGAAGGGACUUGAGCUACUGGGAUACGACACUUCAAAACUGGGUCAUGCCUGAGGGCACAUUCUCUCUUUCAGUCGGCGCCAGCUCAAGAGACAUUAAGCUUUCAGGCACUUGGUGA